AUGUAUUUUCUUAAACCUUCUAAUGUUACCCAUAAAAGACAUCGUCUAAAAGACUCUACCAUUGAAUCGUGUAAUCUUCUCAAAGAAUGGAAUCGUCAAAUUCAAGAUGUUGUAAAUUCAAUUGAUGAAAUCAAUUUUUUAGAUGAUGCUGGUUCAUCAAUUUAUAAUGUUCCAAGCUUCGAUACAUCAAGUAGAACUUCAUCGUCAAAAAAACAAAAAAUUCAAAAUGGAAAUUCAACACCAAAUAAUUCACUUGGUGUUUUUAAUGAUGAAAACAUAAUUAAAAUUAGAACCUUUUUUUUCACCGAUUUAAUUUCAAUUGGUGAACCAUUAUACCUUUUAAAGGAUAAUUAUCUGGUAUUGAUUUUUCCAGUUCCAGUUUUAAAAAUUGUUAUGGGUGAAUACAAAAUUGUAAAAAAAAAAGAAGAUAAUCCACAACUUCUUAAAGAAGGAUUUUAUUUAAUGGUAUCAUAUCAUUUCCAACUCCCAACUCGUCAUGAUAUGAAAAGUGAUAUGCGAUAUUCUGAUAUUGGCACCUACGAGUUGGAACUCGAUACUUGGAUUUGCCCCAGUGAGAGAAAUCUCAAAACAAAAAAGGAUUAUUUUUUUAUUGAUGGUCCAUAUGAUGAAAUUCAUUUUACAUCGGAAAAAAAUAUUAUCAAAUUUGCUUUAAAAAGAAAAGCCAAAAUCUCAUACUCUGAUGACGAAGAGUAA